CGGUGCGUGCAGGGAGCGCGAGGGAGCCCCGGCCGUCACCGGCGCGACCAGCGUUCCCCCUCCUCCGCACUCAGUGCUCCCGCCACCUCGGCAACUCAGCAACUCGGCGCCCGCCUCCCGCUUCCGUCCGAGGUCUUCGACGCAGGGAGGCUCCCGGCCUCGCUCCUGUCUCUUUAAAUGGUGGGGUCAGCGGGCCGCCCCUGCAGCUGCUGCCUGGGUGGCCCCGCGCGCCGCUAUUGAGGGGCGAACCAAGAUGGCGGCGGCUUUGGCUCCGUGAGGAAGACGGAAGAGGCGGUGGCAGCGGCGGAGGAAAGAGAUUUCCAAUAGGCCUGGAGCGCUCGGCGUCUGGGGGCUCUCGGAGUCUCCCGCGCAGUGGAGGCGCCUGCCGCAGGAGCAGGCGCCCGUCGGCGUCGGACAUUUGAAGCAGGCGAGCGGAGCAGAGCUACCGGCUGCGGUGGCAGGGCCAGGUAUAAGGAAGGAAAACAUGGCGGCGGCGGCCUGAGAAGGCGGCGGCGGCGCGGGAAGCGGCUUUACGGACAUCAUGGUGGAGGCGGGAGCAGGGCAGUGACCGGCGCCCCGACUUUCUAUAGCGGCUGGGCAGGAGGCUGCGAAGCGCUGCGCGCCCCCCUCGGGGCUGCCGGGCUUGCCGGGCCUGGACAAUAGCGCCGAGGUACCGGAGGCGAGAAAAAGCGAGGGCCCAGAUUUCGGGCCCGGGAACGGGCCAUGCGGGCGGCAGCACGGCCCCGCGGCGGCCAGCGGUGGCAGUGAAGUCGGGGAACCGUCGUCUUGCGGGCGUCUUCCCGCCUCGGCUCCCGCCUACCCCGGACCCCCUUCCUGGGCGACUCCGGCGGGGCCUCUGUCCCGGCCCCUGGGCGGCACGAUGACCGACACCCGGCGGCGGGUGAAGGUUUACACGCUCAACGAGGACCGGCAGUGGGAUGACCGGGGUACCGGGCAUGUGUCGUCCGGCUACGUGGAGCGGCUGAAGGGCAUGUCCCUGCUUGUCAGGGCCGAGAGCGACGGCUCUCUACUUUUAGAAUCCAAAAUAAAUCCUAACACUGCAUACCAGAAACAACAGGAUACUUUGAUUGUGUGGUCGGAAGCUGAAAAUUAUGAUUUGGCCCUUAGCUUUCAAGAAAAAGCUGGAUGUGAUGAAAUUUGGGAGAAAAUAUGUCAGGUUCAAGGAAAGGACCCUUCAGUGGACAUCACUCAGGACCUUGUAGAUGAAUCUGAAGAGGAGCGUUUUGAUGAUAUGUCAUCGCCAGGUUUAGAAUUACCAUCUUGUGAAUUAAGUCGCCUUGAGGAAAUUGCAGAACUUGUGGCAUCAUCUUUACCUUCCCCCCUGCGUCGUGAAAAACUUGCACUAGCACUGGAAAAUGAGGGUUACAUUAAAAAGCUUUUAGAGCUUUUUCAUGUGUGUGAGGAUUUGGAAAAUAUUGAAGGACUUCACCACUUGUAUGAAAUUAUCAAAGGCAUCUUCCUCUUGAAUCGAACUGCUCUUUUUGAAGUUAUGUUCUCUGAGGAAUGUAUAAUGGAUGUCAUUGGAUGCUUAGAAUAUGAUCCUGCUUUAUCACAACCACGAAAACACAGGGAAUUUCUAACAAAAACAGCCAAGUUUAAAGAAGUGAUUCCCAUAUCAGAUCCUGAGUUGAAACAAAAAAUUCAUCAGACAUACAGAGUCCAGUAUAUACAAGAUAUGGUUCUACCUACCCCUUCAGUCUUCGAAGAAAAUAUGUUAUCAACACUUCACUCCUUCAUUUUUUUCAAUAAGGUAGAAAUUGUUGGUAUGUUACAGGAAGAUGAAAAAUUUUUGACAGAUUUGUUUGCACAACUAACAGAUGAAGCAACAGAUGAGGAAAAAAGACAGGAAUUGGUUAACUUUUUAAAAGAAUUUUGUGCGUUUUCCCAAACGCUGCAACCUCAAAACAGAGAUGCUUUUUUCAAGACUCUGUCAAACAUGGGCAUAUUACCAGCUUUGGAAGUCAUCCUUGGCAUGGAUGACACACAGGUGCGAAGUGCUGCUACUGAUAUAUUCUCAUACUUGGUUGAAUACAACCCAUCCAUGGUACGAGAGUUUGUCAUGCAGGAGGCGCAGCAGAAUGAUGAUGUAAGUAAGAAGUUAACAGAGCAAAAAAUAACCAGCAAGGAUAUUUUGCUCAUCAACCUCAUUAUAGAACAUAUGAUUUGUGAUACAGACCCUGAACUUGGAGGAGCAGUCCAACUUAUGGGCCUGCUCCGAACUUUAGUUGACCCAGAGAACAUGUUAGCUACUGCCAAUAAAACAGAAAAGACUGAAUUUCUGGGUUUCUUCUACAAACACUGUAUGCAUGUCCUCACUGCUCCUUUACUGGCGAAUACAACAGAAGACAAACCUAGCAAAGAUGAUUUUCAGACUGCUCAAUUGUUGGCACUUGUAUUGGAAUUGUUAACAUUUUGUGUGGAGCACCAUACCUACCACAUAAAGAACUACAUUAUUAAUAAGGACAUCCUCCGGAGAGUGCUAGUUCUUAUGGCCUCGAAGCACGCUUUCUUGGCGUUAUGUGCUCUUCGUUUUAAGAGAAAGAUUAUUGGAUUAAAAGAUGAGUUUUACAACCGCUACAUAAUGAAAAGUUUUUUGUUUGAACCAGUAGUCAAAGCGUUUCUCAACAAUGGAUCCCGCUACAAUCUGAUGAACUCUGCUAUAAUAGAGAUGUUUGAAUUUAUUAGAGUGGAAGAUAUAAAGUCAUUGACUGCACAUGUCAUUGAAAAUUACUGGAAAGCACUGGAAGAUGUAGAUUAUGUACAGACAUUUAAAGGAUUAAAAUUGAGAUUUGAACAACAGAGAGAAAGGCAAGAUAAUCCCAAACUUGACAGUAUGCGUUCCAUUUUGAGGAACCAUAGAUACCGAAGAGAUGCCAGAACACUCGAAGAUGAAGAGGAGAUGUGGUUCAACACAGAUGAAGAUGACAUGGAGGAUGGAGAAGCUGUGGUGUCUCCAUCCGACAAAACUAAAAAUGAUGAUGAUAUUAUGGAUCCAAUAAGUAAAUUCAUGGAAAGGAAGAAAUUAAAAGAAAGUGAGGAAAAGGAGGUGCUUCUGAAAACAAAUCUUUCCGGCCGGCAGAGCCCAAGUUUCAAGCUUUCCCUCUCUAGUGGGACAAAGACUAACCUCACCAGCCAGUCACCUGCAGCAAAUCUGCCUGGUUCUCCAGGAUCGCCUGGGUCCCCAGGGUCUCCGGGCUCUCCUGGAUCCGUCCCUAAAAGUACAUCUCAGACGGCAGCUAUUACUACCAAGGGAGGCCUUGUGGGUCUGGUAGAUUAUCCUGAUGAUGAUGAAGACGAUGAUGAGGAUGAAGACAAGGAAGACACGCUACCAUUGUCAAAGAAAGCAAAGUUUGAGUCAUAAUAAUGGCAACUGCCUACAAUCAGUACCUGUUGAAAAAACUGGUUCUCUACCCCUACCCCCUACAAAAUCCACAACAAAGCAGUGGUCUCUUGUGAAUGACUGACACGGAUCAGCCUCACACACUUGACUUCUGCUCAUCAAGUGCCAAUUCAAUGGAGCAGGAGGAGGGGAUAUUACACAUUAGGGGAAAGACGUAAGCCUUUGAGCUCUCCAGCUUGGACCACACAUUGCCCUUUUCUCAGGGAAGGAAAUGGAAACAUAAAGCCAACAGGGCAGGGGUUUUCUAAGUGGAUUGACUGGUCAGUUGCUACAAUCAAUAUGCUUUCUCGGACCAUGUUUGGGACUCAGAAGAAUAGGCUUUUUGGCCAUAAUUCUUAACUAGUUAAGAAUGCCAGCAGUUUCUUUGUAUAAAGAGACCUGCCUUUAAAAUCCUACAUUCUGAACAUUUUAGUCAAACUACAACAGGUUUGGAAAACCUAUGGGGGAGGGGCGAAUAUAAAGUUUCCUCUUUUUUAUCUGUUCCCUUUGCCCUUCGAACUGCAGAUUUUUUUUAAAGUGGGGUUUUGUCCCUGCUUUAUUAAAGAUUGAGUGGAAUUCUAGAUGUGGUCACUUGUGUCAUAAUUUUUUUGUUUCAUUUUGUUUUCGAUUUUUUUUUCUCCCGAGUGUAUGCUUAGUUGAAUAUAUAUAUUUGGGACCAUUAAAACCUUUUUUGAUGUAAUAUAACUUAACGUUGUGCUGGUACCUGUUUUACCAUGUGUAAUUUUUGUUUUACAUCACAGUUCUUAAUUUGUUUAGAGUUUUAUGAAAGAUGGUAUAGUUUUUAUUGACAGAAGCAGAGUAAUCUUACAAAACUAUGUGCAUACAAAAGCAAUACUAUUUUGUGACUAAAUAUUUUAUAUUAAAAUUUACAUCAGCAACUGUCUUGAGAAUUCAGGGAAGUAGAGUGGAAUUUAAAAUUUCAACAGUUUUGUUAAACCUAGAACCGUGAAAUUAGUAUUCCAAAGAGAUUCUGAAACUUCGUAUCUUGGGAAAUGACGGUACAUUAAAUCACAAUUGAGGAUGGAUGAUUUAAAAAUAACAUAUUUGACUUUUGAAUAAUAAAAAGAAAA